AUGGGUCUAUUCAACGGCGACAACAACGACGAUGAGGUGAAGAAGUUCAACGCUGACGCUCUGGACAGCCGGCUCUCGCGGCAGCUGAGCCAGCUGGACGGAGUGGUGAGCGAGCUGUGGCGCGAUGCGGUGCUGGAGCCCAGCUCGUUCGUGGACAACGUGGUGAGUCACGCGAUGGGCAAGCUGCCCUCGGACAGGCUGGUGGACGACCUGUGGCUGAACGCGACGGACGCGCUGGGCGGGCUGUUGACGGGCGUGGGCCUGCCCGGCGGGCUGGGCCACCCGUUCAAGGUGCGUGAGAUGCUGGACGAACGACACGGCGAGAAGGGGUUGUACAGCUACAAGAUGCCCACUGACAGCCAGUUCAUGAAGUGCCAGGAGGUGCGCGGCCUGUCGGUGUGGGACACGCGGGGCUGGUGGCGGUGCCUGUUCCCGAAGGCCGUGGUGGAGAAGAGCUUGCCCGCAGGGCAGGAGGCGGGCGUGCUGACGCGCGAGCAGGUGGAGCAAGACCGGGAGCACCGCCACGGCCUAUUCUUCCCCGAGUAUACGGGAUACCUCUCGUGGCGCUCGCACAUGCUGUCGCUGGCGCGCCAACGCCGCGAGCAAGAGGAGAAGAACCGCGCCGCCCGCGAGCGCAAAGCGCUGCCUGCGGUGGGCACGAAUGCUCCCGAGGACGUGAUGUCCUGGACGCAGCAGGUGGCGGAGCGGACGCCCGCUUCCGCCGCCAACGUCGUCGGCACGUCAAAGUAUACCACCUACAGCUACACCGACCGUGGCCACGAGCACAUCACGGAGAGCAAGACGUACUACGAUGACGGCACGGUCGCAAUCAACUCUGAGAAGAAAAUCACGCCUGUAGAUGGCACUGAGCCCGUCUACGAGACGAUUAACCAGGUCGUCAACAGGGACGAUGAAUCCUCCAAGGACGGCUGGUUCUGGCGCAAAUGA